AUGCCGUACUCAGUAGCUGUCAACCUCGGUAUGACUGAUUUCAAGCCAACUAGGAUCUCUCUUGUCCUAGAUGAUCGAUCGACGAGGAUACCUGAAUGCGUUCUGGAAUAUGUUCCGAUCAAGGUUGGAGAUUGCAUGAUACUAACCAAUUUCGUCGUCUUGGAAUAUGGAGAGGAACCCAAGGACCCUCUUAUCUUUGGGAGACCUUUUCUAGCGGCUGCAGGUGCUAUCAUCAAUGUGAGGAAAGGCAUAAUCGCUUUGAAUGUUGGAGAUUUGGUCAUGAAAUUUGACUUGGACAAGCUGAUGAAGAACCUACCAUCAAUGGUCAAACCUUCUACGUCGACACACUCACCGAAUUUGCAGAGGAGAUGUUCCAUGAGAUGCACCCUGCGGACCCACUAG